AUGGACUCAGGCACGGUGGACGAGGGACAACAAUCUUUCCUGAUGGUCUUGCUAAUUGUACUUGUUACUGGGGCACGAUACCUGCCUCCUGGCAAGUUGCGGUCGCUUGGAAGUAACAUUGAUCUGACUCGAUUGCAAGAUAUGUUCAUGCUGAAGAUUGAGGAGAGACUGCUUCUGGUGUUUGAUGAGAAUUCUGUGGAUUCGGUAGCAUUCCUUUAUUUACUAUGCUCUCACUACCUAUUCAACCGUCGACCCUCGCGAGCAUUCAUUGUUUUUGCUGCAAGCUUGAGGGCCGCACAGGGCUUGGGCCUUUACAAUGAAACUCUUUGGGGGAGGCCAACUCCUGUUGAACGUGAAACGCGCCGACGAUUGUGGUGGUCGGUAUAUGUGGGUGAUGGAUUCAUCGCUCAAACAUUCGGAAGGCCUGCGUUGGUCAAUGAAACAGACAUCGAGGUCAGGCAGCCGCUCGACUUUGACGACAACUUAAGCACCUAUCACGGCUUCUGCUCGAUGGAACGUCGCGAAGAUGGUACCAAUAAAGUGGUCACGAUCCACUCAUACAUGAGGCUCAGAUCGGCACUGUAUCGAAUUGCGGCUCCCAUAGCACAAGAUAUGAAUUUUCACAGGGGUCCGUCUGUGCGUGGUGCGGUGGAGCAAAUAAAGAAGAUUCACCAAGAACUGGUCGCAUGGGAGCAGAAUAUCCCUUCCGAACUGCGUCUGGGGUCUUUCUGGAGGCGCAAGAUCGAUCCUGAGAUGGAAAAAGUCUCCCAUGUUUUCCGAUUGCAGGCUGUCGCGUUGCAGAUCUCGUACGACAACACUCAGCUGCUUCUUCAUCGGCCACUGUUAUCUUGCAUCAGACGAACAGACUCAGGCCCUCACCUCAGCGUGCAACCCGAUAAAGACACACAGGUGCACGAUCUUCCCCAAGAGCCUGAAAUAGAUGUCAGUAUAGCGGAAACCAGCAAAAACCAGUGUUGGAAAUCGGCCAUGCGCACAUCUCGCGCUCUGGAAGACCCUGAGUUAUGGGCAGCUGCGUGCAGCAGCCCACUUGGAGGCCAUGUCGGUUUGCACUCCUUCACCGCUGGGGUGAUGUUGGGCGUAUUUGCUCUGUCGAGUCCGCUGUCUAAACAGAGCCAGGAGGCUAAACUUGGAAUAGCCCGCAUCAUCAAGAUGUCAGGUACUCCAGGUCAAAAAGCACCGAUAUGGACUCAAAGCAGUAAGAUAUUAGAGGACCUCCUGCGACUGAUCCUUGCUGAGGAGACGAAGCAGGAGAUGAAGACGUUGUUGUCGGCCUCUGAGCCUUUGACCAUCCUUAACAGCCCUUCGCCAUCACUGGAUGACAUGCGUCGUAACCAUGAAAUACCGCCGGCUGGGGAUCCACGUGCUAUUGUUGCGGAUCAUGGCCGAGGCGCCUCGUUGCUACGAAUGGACGACUCCUCGAGGCAAGCCCGGGCCCUUCAAGUGAGUGUCAGUGGGUCGAGAGAGCCAGUCCAACAGCUUGAGCUUCCAUUUGGCGAUCUCUACCCUUAUACAAGCUUCGAGGGUGAUUUCGCCGAGGCAUUCUCGUCGUUGCAGCACAGUAUGUAUUCCAUCUCUAUCGGUAGAUACUACCAUAGCAGCAAAAAUGAAUGCACAGAACGAUGCUAA